GAACUUUGACUGUUUCAGAAUUUAGUAAUACCCAGGUUUCACCAAAUUGCAAGACGUUGUCUAGUAUCCGGCGAUUAAAAAAUAGAUGGAUUCUAAGCAAAUAAAAGCCAGUUUGAAAGAGACUCGGGAACUUAUAAGACAAAAAGAUUUCAAUGAAGCUUUGCGGGAAAUAUUAAAAUCCGAUAAGACAAAUUAUAACGCUCUCAUAUUCGUCGGUGUAGCAGCAGAGGGUUUAAAUGAAGAUCAACAAGCCUUAAAUGCCUAUAAUUGCGCAAUAGAGCAGCAACCGGAUCAAAUUCUGGCUUGGCAGGGUCUAUCGUCAUUAUUAAAAAAAAAAGACGACGAAGAAUCAAAUCAACGCCAUAUCAUAGCAUGUGAAAAACUCUUAAUUCUCCUUAAGGGGAACGAUGAUAAAGUAAUUGGAUAUCUUUCAACAUUAGUAAAGUUAUAUCUAUCUGUCAAACGUUUUGACAAGUGUAUAGAGACCGGAAAGAUAGCAUUAAAUACGACUACCGAUAAAGAUAUGAUUUUGGACAUUUAUCGUUGCAUUUAUCAAGCGGCAAACGAAAGUUUUGAGGAAUAUAAGUCAAAUGUUGAAGAAAGCUUAAUCUAUCUAAGCCAAAAUUCUAAUCAAGAUGAUUUAGUAAAGUAUGUGAUAGAAUUACUACAAUUUUAUAAAUGGGAAAACGAAGUUGAAAAAUUGCAAACUCUUCUUGACGAUUCUAAGAAUAAAUUCCCAAGAAAUAAAUUCUUAUUACAAUUCGAAAUCGAAAUGGUCAUUGAUAAAAUCUUGUUGGAUUUUACAAGCGACAUUUAUUAUACCAAACUGGAGAGUAUUAGUGAAACAUUACAAUCAUUAGAAUGCAUCAAUUAUACAUCAUUAGUGGAGGCGAUACUUUUAUUUAGAAAGGGAGAAUAUUCGACUUGUUGUAAAUUGUUUACAGAAAUAUUGAAAAUCAUUAAGAAAAAACGAUCGAAUGUUACAUUAAAACUACAAGAGGAAAAAGCUAAAAUGUUUCUAGUCGAAUCUCUUAUCAAUCAAUCGGAUAAAUCGGACUAUAUACAAGCUAAAGAAAUAGCUGAUGAGAUGAUCGGAAAGUCCAACAAUCAAUCAGAAUGGAUUCUAUUAAAGGCCAAAACUCUUCUAAAGCUAAAUUUAAAUUCGAAAGUUGAUGAGUGUUUAAAAUUUUUUCAUCAAGAAAACUUUUCGGAAACGGAACAGUUUUGGAUUAUUAAGGUCGAUUUGGAAACUGCUAAAGGAUCACUUGAAAAUGCAUUGAUUGCCUUAAAACAAGCUAUUAAAUCUUUUCCGAAGAGUUCUUCACUUAUGACCAAGUAUGGAAUCGUUUUAUAUAAAUUGAACGAGAUGGAGGCCUUAAGAAUUUUAACUGAAGCUGCCCGAUUAAAUCCAUAUUCCCCUGAACCAUUUAUUUAUCUUGGUUACUAUUACGAAGAUAAUAGUUUAAAAGAAAGAGCAAAAUUAUGCUUUAAAAAAUUAUGCUUAUUAUGCUUUAAAAGAGCUUUUGAAUUGGAUAAAAGAAACUCUGAGACUGGAGCUAAAUAUAUUGAUUUAUUACUUUUAUCCGCAUCAGACAAAUCUUAUGAUGAUGGUAUUAAACUACUAAAGGGAGUUACUGAAGAAAACGUUGGAAACUUGAAGUGGGCUUGGACUAGGUUAGGCAUGCUAAAUAUGAAGAAGAAGAAUUCCAAAGAAAGUAUUCGUUGUCUUCAAAAAGCUCUGAAAAUCGAUCUGGGUGACAGACAUAUGUGGGAAUGUUUAGCUGAGGCGUAUAUCUUAAGAGGUAGUUACAACUCAGCUUUAAAAGCAUUCGGAAAAGCUCAUGAAAUCGAUGAGAAUGCUAUUUAUCCCUUAUUUAAAUCUGCAGCAGUUUCGCAAUUACUUGGUCAAUAUAUAGAAGCCAUAAAAGAGUAUGAAGAAGUUUUAAAGAUUGAUACUAAUUAUGUUCCCGCUCUGAAGGGAAUUGGAGAAACACAAUUUUUAUUGGCUAAAGUUGCCCUAAGAGAUACUUUUGACAAACGAGCUUUAGCGCAUUGUGAAAAAGCUGCUAAAAGCUUAGUCAAAUGUCUUUUUCGACGGAAAAAUUCAACAUGCGUUUGGAAAUUACUGGGAGAUGUGUUUUCUAUUAUUUAUAAAGUUCAAUUUGAUACGAUGUGCGUACCUGAAUAUUUAAUAAAAACUACCGAUGAUGAAAGUAAUAUGACCGAGAUAGGCAAGAAGGACGCUUUUAUGAUCGCUGAAAGAUGUUACGCAAAGGCUAUCACAUUAAGAGCCGAUUCGUCCGCCCUCCAUCAUGAUCUAGGCGUAAAUUAUUACAGAUUAGCCUCUUGGUUGUCGAUUAGUAAAAUUAAGGAAAAUUACAUGCUAAAGGCUUUACAUUGUCUUCAACUAGCUGUAAAACUAAACCAAACAUGCCACGAACAUUGGACAACUUUGGGAACAAUAGCCUUGUCGAAAGAGAUCGACGAUCCAGCUUUGGGACAACACUGCUUUAUAAAAGCUAUCCAAAUAGAACCAGUUAAUGCUCCGUCGUGGACAAAUUUAGGUGUUCUCUAUAUGCAAAAUGACAACAUUAAAUUAGCCCAUGAAGCCUUCAAAAGAGCUCAAGCAGCCGAUCCUUCCUACGUCGCCUGUUGGAUUGGACAAGCCUUAAUUGCAGAACGAAUAGGGGAUGAUGAUGCCAUGGAUUUAUUUCGACAUACGACACAAUUACAAAAUCAUAUUGAAUCUCAAGGCGGCUACGCCUCUUGGGUAUGUAAGACUAUAUUGGACAAAGAAUCUCCUAAAGGAGCUUUCUACGAUUAUAGUAUCAAUAAGAUGAAUGCAGUUCCAGCUGCAGUAGAUGUUUUAAUGAAGUAUGUCGAACGUGUAAAGAAUGACGCUGUUUCUCUAAAUAAUUUAGGAUUAUUACUGGAAAGGCAAAGAUUGUAUAACCAAGCAUCUGAAAAGCUAACAUUAGCCUACAAUCUUCUACCGCACGAAGAUGAUUUUAAAGCAGCUAUAGCCUGGAAUUGUGCAAGGGUUUAUUGUAAAAGGAGAGAUUGGGAAACAGCCAUCAACUACUUAGCACAAAUACCAAAAGAGAAUAAUGUGUGCGAACCGGAUCAGAUUCAGUAUUUAGAGUCAUAUAUCCAGUUUUGCGCAAAUGACGAGAGGUGUAUAGUGUCCUCUAAGAAGGCAUACGAACUUUGUACGGAUAAAUAUGAAAGACUUCGAAUAGCUUUGACAAGAGCUAAAAUGGCUUAUCAUUUUGGUAAAGUUACUUUAUGUAAACAAAUUCUAGCAAAUUCGUUACAAGGAUGUGGAACACAUUGUAAGGAAAUAGACGAUCUGUUAGAAUGCUGUUCUGCCAUUAGUAUUCUAUCAAAUGAUCCAGAACUUUUACGGAAAACUUUAACAAUAUAUGGGGGAAACUUGGACGUUUAUUUCCGUUCAAUGAAUUCGGUAUUAAAUAACGUUGAUAUAGGAGAUAUAAAAGCACUUCUUAUGAAAAAUUUGCACGAGAAUCCUAAAAACGAACGACUGUGUAAAUAUAUUACACCUUUCUUUCUUGCAAGUGAUCCCACACGCCUAAAUCAAGCGGCGGCAUCCUGCAGCAAGAGGGCGUGUAGGAAGGACAUAAAGAAUGCUUUGUUAUUAACUUGCUUGUCAAGUCUUAGUGCGGGGCACCAUUCACAAACUAAUUCACGUCGAAAUGCUUUUAAAUCCGUUCAAAAAUUCUUGCAUCUUCACCCUGAUUCUAUAAAACACUGGGCACUCUUGGCAGCCGCUUGUCAUGGUCAAACAGUCAUUGAGGAAGCUAAAGGAAAGGACGUUGAAGAGAAUCACAAUUGCAAUUUAAAAUUGACAACGUUUGUCAUGCUAAAAGUAGAAGCCGAUAGCGAUUUACCGGGAAUGAACGACCUUCAUCUGUGGUGUGCCCGUCUCUAUGUUACGCAGCUACUUUUCUCAAAAAGAGAAGACCAAGCCAGACAGUUUUUGGAGCAGGCCCUUUGGCUAUAUGAAGACGAUAAUGUUCUUAAGAUACUUUCAGCGUUCCUAGAAUGUAAUUCCAAAGCUUUGAGAGAAUUAACUGCUUCCGGGAAUAAAGGAAACGCUUUUGGUUUACAAUUGCUCUUAAGUAUUCUAAUAAAACUCAAUUUGAAAAAUGACUUAAGGCAAGUGGCAAAUGGUUAUAGCAGUCAGUCGUUCUUAAUCUUUUCUAAAUUAGCAGUUGCCUUGUAUGAUUUACAAGAGAAUAAGGGACCGAAUAGAGAAAUUAUAGAAAAAUGUCCAAAUAGUUCAGGAACCCUUUUACUUCAUGCCCUAAGUCAAAAGAAGAACGUUAAGCACGCCAAGCGGUUACUUAUCCAGUCAAUUCAGGCCUCUCAAGUGGAAGAUACCGGCUUAUCCGUUUCCUAUGCGCGUAAACUUCUUUUCCAGCUACUUAAAGAGAAGAAUGACACUGAUGGAAUGCAGUCUCUCUUGGAAGAAGCAACUGCAGAUAGCGAUAAAGAUUUCUUGAUAUACUACGAAACCUUAUAG